ACACACACGACGGUGUUCUCCUCUUUCAAGUCAUUUUUUGACCUUUGUCCAGAUCAGAAUAAAAAUGGCGACAACAAGCAGACACACUAAGCCGCUCUUCUUCUUAGGGUUAGUCUUGGCUUGUAUCCCAGCAUGCAUUGGGCUUCCUGAAGGCAUGUUUUUGGAGAAACCCAACGCCAGCGUUUUCCUUCAUCGAACUCGUCGAGCUAACUAUUUCUGGGAGGAGCUGAAACAAGGCAACCUGGAGCGGGAAUGUCUCGAGGAGAAAUGUUCAUAUGAAGAAGCAAAGGAGAUCUUUGCUCUCCCGCAGCAGCUGGAGGUCUUCUGGAGAAUGUACACAGCCGAGAAUCACUGCCUGUCAUCUCCCUGUAAGAACGGCGGCACUUGCACUCGCAAGCUCGACACUUUUGUCUGCCAAUGCACGUCUCGAUUUCACGGAUCCACUUGUGACAAAGCACGCGUGACCGCCCAUGGGUGUCGCUAUAGGAAUGGGGGGUGUGAACACUUCUGCAAAGAGUUUCCCGACCGGACAUACAUUUGUUUUUGCGCACCAGGAUACCGUUUGGAUCAGGACAAUAGUACCUGUACUCCACAAGAGGCUGUCCCGUGUGGACGACCGUUGGUCCACUUUGGGCCGAGAGUUGUCAACGGAGAGAUUUGUCCCAAAGGACAUUGUCCCUGGCAGGCUCUCCUGACUGAGAACCACCAACAUUCCUGCGGCGCCAUCGUCUUAUCCGAUCAAUGGAUGCUGACGGCGGCUCAUUGCGUAUGGAAGAAACCAAAUAACAUCUUACACGUGGUUGUGGGCGAGCAUGACCUUGAGACAGAUGAGAAGACGGAGCAGAAGCGGCGAGUAUCUAAAGUCUUGAUCCACCGCAGUUAUAACAAGUCCAGCUACGACAGCGACCUGGCCAUGCUGAAGCUCCACCGUCCCAUCAAAAUGGGACUUUACGUGGUCCCUAUUUGUCUUCCGGCUAAGAACAGCUCGUUCGUCCGCACGCUGGCGGCAAUGCGGCAGAACAUCGUGUCAGGAUGGGGUCGCCUGUCGCUGCACGGAUCCACGGCAAGAUUGCUCCAGCGCUUGACGCUACCACGGGUCCCGCUGCAAGAGUGUCGCCUGCACACCAAACUUAACGUCACGCGAAACAUGAUCUGCGCCGGCUUCCAAAAGGGCGGUCAAGAUGCAUGCAAGGGCGACAGCGGCGGCCCUCUGGUGACACGCUACAAGAAAACUUGGUUUUUGACCGGUGUGGUGAGCUGGGGGAACGGCUGCGCUGACAACAACAUGUACGGCAUUUAUACCAAAGUCAGCAACUACCUGGACUGGAUCCAAAAUCAAAUGAGCAGAUGGUAAAACUAAUUUGCCAACCGACAACAUGAUAUUUGCUUUCAACUGGUGACUUUUGUUUCAAUAAACUAACAAACAAGCAUUU